AAACCUUUCUUCUUCCACGAACCGCCAAAGUGUCACUCUCGGUUCCUUCCUUCUCCCCAGGUCCCCUCCUCGGUUUCUCACCAAGGAAGUAAUCUUGGUUCGAUCGCUCCAAGGUUGCACAGACUCGGUACUUCGUUGGACAGCCGGCGGCAUGAGGAACCACAAGAAGUUGCUGCAGUUUCUGCGGCCGGACCCGGCGGUGGCGGCGGCCAACGACGACGGGUGCUCCCCGCUGCCUUCUCCCACGACCAGCGGGAGCGCGAGCACGUCGGCCACGGCGUCCCCGUCGCCCUACGUCGCGUCGCCGUGGGUGAGCCUCCCGGGUCUCGGCGCCGGGGCGGCGCUGUCGGCCGGCGCGGCGGAUGAGACGGGGCUCCUUGGGUCGUUCGUGAAGGAGGACGGGCACGUGUACUCGCUCGCCGCGGCCGGGGACCUGCUGUACACCGGCACGGACUCCAAGAACGUGCGGGUGUGGAGGGACCGGCGCGAGUUCGCGGGGUUCCACUGCGGCAGCGGGCUCGUCAAGGCCAUCGUCGUCGCCGGGGACGGGAGGAUAUACACCGGCCACCAGGACGGCAAGAUCCGCGUGUGGCGCGCGUCCGCCGGCGACCCCGCCGUGCACAGGCGCGUCGGCUCGCUCCCGAAGCUCGGGGACUUUCUCAGGAGCUCCGUCAGGCCGUCGCACUACAUCGAGACGCGCCGCCGGCACAGCUCCGUCUGGCUGCGCCACUUCGACGCCGUCUCGUGCCUCAGCCUCGACGCCGACGCCGGGCUGCUCUACUCCGGGUCGUGGGACAGGACGUUCAAGGUCUGGCGCGUGUCGGACUCGCGGUGCCUGGAGUCCGUGCACGCCCACGACGACGCCGUCAACACGGUGGCCGCGGCGGGGUUCGACGCGCUGGCGUUCACCGGCUCCGCGGACGGCACGGUCAAGGUGUGGCGCCGGGAGGACGGGAAGGGCGGCGCGACGAGGCAUGUCAUGGAGCGGGUGCUGCGCAAGGGCGAGAGCGCGGUGACCGCCAUCGCCGUGGCAGCGGAGGCGCGCGUCGUGUACGUCGCCUCCUCGGACGGGGCCGUCACCCACUGGCAGUGGCGGCGCGGAGCCGACCGGGACAGCGCGCCGAGGAACGGCGGGGCGCUACGCGGGCACAAGAUGGCCGUGCUGUCCCUCGCGGUGGCCGGGCGCGUCGUCGUGAGCGGCUCCGCCGACCGGACCAUCUCCGUGUGGCGGCGCGACGAGGGCGCCGACCACUCCCGCCUCGCCGUGCUGAGCGGGCACACGGGGCCGGUGAAGUGCGUGGCCAUGGACGAGGAGGAGUCCCUCGACGCGGACGGCCACCGGCGGUGGGUCGUGUACAGCGGCAGCCUCGACGGCUCCGUCAAAGUCUGGCGCGUGUCCGACGCGCCCGGCGCGAUGACGACGCGGACGCCGGCGCACGUGUGGAAGGGCACGCCGUCGCCGAUGGGCGUCUGGACGCCCUACCGGCCGCCGGAGCGGAGCUGAAGAAUGUAGAGCGCGCACGUGUAAACCGUGUGUCCGUGGGAGAGCCUACGCUGUAGAUACGCGUACGUGCAACGUAGAGGAGCAUCAUACGCACACCGUAUCUAGGUAUACGUAUACGGUGUUGCGUAAAUGCUGAUUUGUUAUUUAUUUGUUUGUUUGUUUGUCUGUCCAUUUUGGUGUCCCCUGAAAUGGACGGCUUGGAUGUUGACGGAUGAGUGUUGUGUGGUGGUGAUUUGGUCGGUGGUCCGAUCCGAGCCGCCGGUGAGGCCGAGAGAUCGAUUUGUACACUCUCGACUAAGCAAAGGAAUGGUCCUUUCUUGUUGGGACUUUUGGAGGUGUGAACGGCGGUUCGUUUCGUGUUUGUAUUGCAAGACAAGCUGUUGAAAUUAGGUUCGUAUAAA